CGCGUAAUUCCGUCGUGCGACAACAGUCCUUGCAGUACAUCUGCAGUCCAAUUUCCAAUGGAGCUGGAGGGCAGGCUAAGCCCUCGUACGCUGACGACCUUACCGUCGAUCGUCAGUGCACUCGCUGCGGUCCAAGCCGACGAAUCCGCCAUCUUCCUCUCCCUCUCUAAGCUUCUGUCCGAUCGGCAGCCCAUCGCCAACUCGCUCGUUCGUUUGAAGUACCUCAUAGAGCGAGUCGAAGAGUUGGAACAUGAUGCAGACGGUCUUGUCGGCAAAGUCAGUGUUACAGCGCGCACCGCUGAGCUUGUGGGUGGGAAGGUGUCGGCGCUUGAUGAGGAGAUGCGAAGGGUGCGAGAAGCUGCUGAUCGAGUCGGGUUGAUCGCGGACCUGAAGUCAUCACUCUCGGACAUACAAUCUGACAUUGAGGCUCAAGAUUGGGAGUCUGCAACCAGACAUUGCAGCAGGGCAAUGCUAACUCCGAAAGAGGUAAUUGAAGGCGCGUUCGCGGAGAAGACAGUGCCUACUGCGGAUUUACCUCUCCCUCCCUCACAGACGCUUGAGGACGCUCGGAAGGUGCUGCUUCAAACAUUCCAGCGACACUUUUCUAUUGCCGCGCAAAAACGAGACUCGGCAGCAGUUAGCCGAUUUUUUAAGCUAUUUCCUGCUAUCGGAUGGGAGCAGGAGGGAUUGCAGGCAUAUUCCGACUUCGUUGUAGAACUCGUGCGAGGGAGACAGCCAAUUUCGGGGAAAACAUCAUCACCUAUGUAUUAUAUCUCGAUGAUGACGGCGUUGUUCGAGUCCAUCGCCUUGAUAGUUGAUCAGCACCAGCCGGUUGUUGAGAAAUAUUAUGGCCCGGGAAAGAUGAUCCCGGUGGUAGUUCGCCUGUUACAGGAGGCGGACAAGGUCGUGCGAAUAUUGAUUGAGGGGUGGGAGGACGAACGAGCCAUGAAGCGGAAGCUGACCGAAGCACGAGACGCCAGUUUUGCUGCUCUUACCCCUGCGGGAAAGAAACAGUCCAAUGGUGUGGAGGAUGAAGGGCCGGAUCCGCGAGAAAUCGACAAGGUGUUGACCGAAGCUGCUGGCAUGGCGGGCAGAUGGGGCUUGUUCAGACGUUUCUUGCUGGACCGGUUGAAGAGGAAAUCUGCCCCAUCAGAAGAUGACGUUGACGCUGAACCCACAGCAGACACCGUGCAGUCUUCCAGUAACGGGGAGCAGUCUGAGGAGGAUCAAGCGACGACUGUCCUGACAAUAAUCGACGAGUCCGGCUGUCAGAAAGAUAUCAAUCAUCUACUCAAGGCCUACUACGAGCCGCUUGAGCUCUGGUAUCUUCGCUCGGUCAUCGAUCGAGCCCAUCGGAUGUCCAGUGUGGACAGCUCCCAGCCCACUCCGCAGACGACAACACCGGACGACUCGUUCUAUAUCCUACGGCUGGUACUGCACCGUUUGAUCUCGAGCUCCUCUUUGCCUACGAUGGAAAGGAUGUGCAAGCUUGUGGAGGAGUUGAUGGAACGAGAUUAUGGUGGUGUGAUGCGCAGGAAGCUGGAAGACGUGUAUCGAGGUGUGCAGAGUAUGCCUGCUAGCAAGGAGAAAGAGCGAGUGGAGCGUGAGAGCCGCACAACGUUCAUCAUCUGCCUUAACGACCUAGACGUGUCGGCAUCUCACAUGGAGCGACUGACUGAUGAUUUGCUAGAAUCCCCUCUCAUUCCCCAGAACUUCCUAUUGAGGGAGAUCGAAGCCGCCCGAUCUCGGAUCUCCUCCCUCCUCUCCCUCGUGCCAAAGUUCCGGUCCAUCCUAAAGUCAGGCGUGGAGCAGCUGUUCAACCAGCUCGUCCGGCCACGUCUACGAGCGCUCAUGAGCGAUAUCUACAAAGACGUCACUUACGUGCUGGACGAAGACGGGUACGCCAAUGCCGAAUAUCAGGAUGUGGUGAAGAAGCGGUUUGUCAAGUCGUGGGAAGCGGUGCUCGAGGGGUUCAAGGACAGUUUCACUGAGGUGAACUUCCGGAUGUUCUGGACCCUUGCGAUAGACGUGAUCGUCCGGCCUUGGGAGAAACUGGUGCUGGGCAUGAGGUUCACCGAGCUGGGAGCGAUCCGGUUCGAUAGGGAGGUGAGGAGCAUCAGCUCGUAUCUGACCUCGCAGACGUCAUUUGGCGAUGCGAGAGAGAAGCUCCAGCGGCUCCAGCAGAUCGCGACUGUCCUCAACCUUGACGCUGAGGAAAGCGUAGACGAGUUCUACACGUCGAGUGGGAUUGCGUGGCGGCUCAGUGCGAGCGAGGCACGGUCGAUCGCUGCGCUGAAGGCUUGA